AAGGAUCAAAACCCACGAGCAGGAACUCAAUCCCAUUCCACAUGAUGAUGAGUGCAGCCCUCAACGACGCUUUGUGGCUCAAAGAAAUAAGUCCGUCCACAUCUCUUCCCACCAAAAAAGUAUGUGACGUGUAGCUCUAUCCAGAGCCACUGUAUUCUCGACCGUUACUCCACCCGGUUUAAAACUCCAUUCGACCACAUCCUCUCCUUCUAAAAUUCCAUAUAGCGAGAAGAACUCUUUCUCUUUCUCUCAUGGCUAAUGAGCAUUCCGUUUUUGCCAAUGAAGAUAGCUUUUCUGAUCGUGAUGAUGAUUAUGAUGAUGAACCAGAGACAUUCGAUAUGAGCUCCCUGAGGAACCACCUUCCUGGAAAAAGAGGGUUGUCGAGGUUUUUCUCAGGGAAAUCGCAGUCUUUUAAGCGGAUUUCGGACGUGAAGAGCGUUGAGGAUCUGGAGAAGCCUGAGCAACCUUGCGUGAAGAAGAGGAAGAAGUGCAGCAAAAAGCAUGGGCCAUUCAUGCCUCCUGCUUCUUGUAGGCCUGUGUUGAGAACUCCUUGCAGGCCCUGUGUCGGGGUGUAGUUUGAUCUGAGCUGAGGUCCUGUUUGUUGCACUCGUAAGAUUGCUUUGGCUCGAUCACCGGGUGGUGGAUGUCUGGCUGCCUAUGAUAUUUUAGAGAUUCCGAGUUUAUGGAAGCCAGAGUGAUGGGAAAUCAGACGGGGAUAGAACAUGUGUAUAAACAAUGGAGUACAAGGAAAAGUUCUCGGUAAUUAGGAUUGUUCAUAGCUGACCACUUGUUUUUUUUCUUCUUCUUCUUCUUAUCCGAUGUUGACAUAUGGCCAUUGAAGUUGCUGCUCUUCAUGAUAAACACGGUUUCAGUUAUUUCAUUGUUUGAUCCAUGAAAUGCAGCCAUUUCGCCCAAAUAUGUGCAUGGACUUACAUCUUCGAGCAGCCACAGUAGGUACCACAAAUUAUGCAUGCAUGAACUACUGGUUGUGGAUGCAAGAGCUGCAGAAAAUCUUCACCCGUUAAGGGAAACCAUCAUCCCUUUCAUGGAUUGUUAAAGGGAAAUUUGCAAGCCUAUGAUUGGUCAAUUCUUGGGGUCCCUUUAUCUGCUAGCUCUGCGCAGCCGUGUCGUCGCAGCAAGGAUGCCCACUUGCAAUGUUCUGCCACAGGCAAAUGGGCUUAUAUUCAUGUGUCUGGGGGAUUGCGAACUUCUAUUUUGAUAAGUUACAUGUUAACACAGUUCGUACUAGUGAUUGUGAUCGGAUGCAAGACCAUAAUGAAACCUUCUUUUUCA